CUCCUCCUCCUCCUCCUCCUCCUGCUGCUGCCUCACGGCACCGAUCACCCCUCAUGCGGCACUGCUUUGUUGUGGGUACACCAGCCGCACUGCACGUACACCCAGAAGGUUAUGACGAGGUUAUUUCUACUCAGACUGCAGCAGGAUUCGUUCACGCGGUCGGGGAAAGUCGGUCUGCAGCAACGAGGAAAACCGCUCAGCCGAGCGCACAAGAAACGCGCAAAGCGCCGGUUUGCACGCGCCGAGGAUUUCUGCACGGGUCUCCCGGUGUUCUCCAUCUCUGCUUCAUCGAGGGACAGAGAGGACACGGCGGAGGGAGGAGCAUCCAUGAGAGACGCGCUGAACGGGGCACCGCUUCAGUAUCACGGUUGUGUCGGGGUGCAGCCAUGGAUGCUGGGAAGCUGGAGCGGCAGGUGGCCAGUGUGGAGAGAGGCAUAGCCUUCCUGAAGCAGGAGCACCUGGCCAUGCUGGCGGGUCUGCAGCUGGAGAUCACGCACCUGAGGAGGCGCUGUCAUGAGCUAACGUGUGAGCUGGACUCCAGGUUUCCUGACAGAAGCACAGAAGAGGAAGAAGCAGAGCUGGCAGCACGCUGCGAGGCUGCACAGCGUCUCCUCCAGGAGCAGCAGUGCAUGAUGGUCACCACGCGCGGCGAGCUACGGGCCGGCCGGGCGCGGGCAUCGGCGCUGGGAAGGAGCCUGCGAGAGGAGGAGCGGCAUUUCCUGGAGGAACUGAAACGCCGCAGCCACAAGAUCACGCUACUGAGUCGAGAGCUGCACCGCCAAAAUGUCACCACCACGACCCUCUGCCACGAGCUCCAUACCGCGCGCUUGAAACUUUACCAGCAGCAGCGCGGCACGGAGUCCGGGGCCGAGGGAGAGGAGGAACCCAGGACAACGGAGGAAGGAGAAGAAGACAGGGAUGAUGAAGGAGACGAAUGUGAGGAGGAUGAAGAUUAUGAGGAGGAGGGCUCAGACUGGCUCCUGUCACCGCCCCCCCCGGCCUCCCCUAGCCAACGAGAGGCGAGACACAAGAGGCGCGUGAGGGAGGACAGGGUUAGAGCUUGUGUCCCCCAGGAGAGAGUGACGUCACCGCAGAGGCCGCAACCUAUGCCUGACCCCGCCGUCUUCUUAGUGCCGCUCAGGUACCGCCUCCUUCGCUUGAGUCAGCCAAUCAGAACUCAGCAUGGGGAGGGGAUGGAGGACGAGUGGGAGGACAUAGAGGACAGCAGGGUGCACAGGAGGGUGGACAUGGGAGCAGGAGAGGGAGAAACUGCUCUGUGAGAAAGACAACGUGGUCUUCCAGCAGGUUUUCGGCCAAAAUCAACCAACAACUCAAGGCUUUUUUUGAGAAAAAAAGCUUAACAAGAUGUAAACUUGUGAUUGUCCGUAGAUUUCAGGAUGUGAGUUAAAUAUUUAGAAGUUAGCUGCACAAACGUAGGUGAUCACAACAGCGUAUUAACCGAAACUGUCGCAUUUAUGGAACAACCUGUGCUUGGGAAAUGUAAAGGUAAAAAAGACUGGAUAAUGAUACUGUUUCAUAUGGAUGCCUUUUGAUUUUAACACUAUUGGUCACAGCUUUUGCUUUGUAAUUCGUAGCCUUGCCAUGAAUACUGUGAACAAACCGUACUUUUGACGUACGUGAUAACCUGCUUUUUCAAUCUAGAAGGCUUAAGGACAUUUUGUGUGAUUUGCACUUUAUUAAAUUCAUGCAAUGUGCCUAUAGUCAAUGGAAGAGAAUUA